AUGAACAGAGGUAGCGUCACCCCAAUUAUAGAAAUUGCUACAUAUGCUGGUGUAGAUGUUUACGAGUGUUAUUGUAGGGGUAAGGAAUCUAGUAUUGUUAUGAGAAGGUUACAAGAUGAUUGGAUAAAUAUAACGCAGGUUUUUAAGGUAGCUUCAUUUUCGAAGACCCAAAGGACUAAAAUAUUAGAGAAGGAAUCUACUGAAAUUAGCCAUCAGAAGAUUCAGGGCGGUUAUGGUCGUUUUCAAGGCACCUGGAUUCCGUUAGAUAACGCUCAAAAUCUUAUAGCGAAGUAUGAGAUUACAGAUGUGGUUGUUCAUACGUUGAUAAAUUUUAAUCCGGAUCCGAUGAACAUGCCUCCCAGGCGCUCCAAAAAUUCUAUAAUAAAGAAACUUUCCCCUGCGACUAAGAUAACCUCACCGUCGAGCUAUAAUAAGACACCUAAAAAGAAGAUUGCAGACUCAAGUCAGUCCACCACAGGAUCGGUUUCGAAAAAAGCGAAAAAACGGGCUUCUACCAAAGCCGCACAACCCUCACCUCUUCAACAUCUUGUCUUUCAGACACCACAACAUCAGGCGCACGUGCAACAAACGCAAAACAACUACAAUUUUCUUACGCGUAGUGAACAGACGCCAGUUAAUCCUGUGGUCAUGGAUGCCGAAAGUAGUGAUGGUCAAAGGCACCCGCAUCCUUGUAAUUCAGCUAAUAUGGUGUUAUCAAAUUGUUCUACACAUAACAGUCAUAUUACAGCGUCUAACACAGCUCCUGUGGACCCAACUGCCAACAGCCUCCAGUAUGCUACAACGCAAAAGCCACUGCAGUUUUACCCAUUUCCUGUACCUAGUAGCAAGAAUGUUAACAAUAUGGUGCCUGAUUUGCGUAUCAUCUCUGAAAAUCCUGAGCAGAAGCAGAAAACCAAGAGGCCUAGUAAACACAAGGCUGUUCCAUCAGGCCAUAAUUUCAAUAAAAAAAAUGCGAUUCCGAAUUACGCUUGUAAAAUGCCCAAUUUUGUAAUCAUGAACCCCACGGAAACACAUAAAACGUCUAAUUCAAGCGGUUCCAAUACUUCAUAUGGUUCUUCAGUUGAAUGCUACUCGUACAAUGACAAUACCACUCCGAAUUCCUCAAGUUCCGGCUCAUCAUCUCCAAAGGAUAUGUGUAACACUAAAGAGUACAAGAAUAUCAUUCUGCAAGUGCUAUCUACUGAGUACAACACAGCCGAGCCUGUGUUACCUGAGAAACUGUACUAUCCCCCGGUUGGGAUUGAUGUCAAUUUUUUGAUUGAUAAACAGGGCCAUACGGCUUUGCAUUGGGCUACUGCUAUGGCAAAUGUUCCGCUAAUGAAAAUCUUACUAACGUUAGAGGCGAACAUUUUUCAUUGUAAUGAUAGAGGUUUCAAUUGCGUAACAAAAUGUGUUUUUUAUAACAACUGUUUCAGAACUGGUGCCUUUGUUGCUGUUGUAGGACUCCUUAAAAUGUGUCUUGUGACACCGGACAAUAACUGUAGGUUGCCUCUUCAUUACUUGGUUGAACUAAGUGUUAACAAAGCGAAAGACCCUAUUGUCAUUAGUUACUAUAUUGACACCAUUCUCGAAGCUCUAUAUCAGGAUGAUCCAGCGUUGUUGAAAUAUUGUCUCAACUGCCAAGACAAUUCCGGUAAUACUAUUUUACAUUUAGCAGCGCUUAAUUCGAGUAUCGAGCUUUGUAACAAAUUCCUCUAUUUGGGAAGCUCAUCGGACGUUAUGAACAAUGAACAAUUAACUGCAAGUGCAAUACUUGCUAAAUCUAACUUAGUAGAUGCUACCUCUACUAUUACGAACACUCCAAUUCCUUCAAUGAUGCCAACGCCUGCAACAUCAUCUGUCCCCAUGCUGAUUCCAGCGGAGGAGUCAUUCAAGGUAAAACAAAACAAACUUUGUACACCGCUACGUUCUAAAAAAAGUACAAACAAACUCGAUAACAAUGUUACUUGUAGCGAGAAUAAACGCAUCUCGGAGACAACCUUUUCAGAGACCCCGUUGCUUGAAAAUACAACAUCCUGUGACCUAGUCCAAGCGCCAUCAUCUUCUAUCUCCAAAACAUUGUAUAAUAGCCAAAAAGCGCUUGGAUUGGAUAGAAACACCGAUUACAACAGUACCCCCACCGCUUUGGUAAAAACCCCAGGUGCUUCACCUAUAAAAGCUUUGCCGCUACCUACUCCCUCUCAGCCAUACAUUCAGAACUCCACACGAAACGACCGGGAUAAGGCCACAAAUCGCAACAAAAGACCGGUCUCAAACAGUGCAGUUCUCGCUUCCGAGAUUUCCUCACUUUCAAAAGCGCUGGCGGAGUCAUACGACGAAAGCAUAUUAAAGGUAAAGUUGGAGAUCACCAACGCAGAAGAAGGUCUCCAAGGUAUCAGUAAAUCCAUCGAAACUUCGGAUAAGCAUGUGCAAGAUGUUUUCAGCAAAUGCAACGCAAAUGACUUGCCAACCCUGGAAUCUACAGUAAAGGGCGCACAAAUCUCGGUCGAUAUUGCAAUGGCCAAAUUUGCCAACACAAUGGAAAAACUACAAGCCUUGGCUCUAGCGACAAUCGUUCACGAUGAGGAGGCUCAUAUUACCUCAACCGAGGACACGGACACUUCCAAAUCCGAUUUCGAUAUCACCCGGCAUCGUUACAAGCAAGCAGUACAAAUCUCGUUACUACAACUCAAGCGAAAGCAAAUAGUACAAAAGCUAAUCAAAGCCAAGAUAACAGACCAUGGAAGUAAAAUCUACAAAUAUCGUAAGCUUAUCGGUCUGUCAAUUGAGAAUAUCGAUUCGAAAUUAGACGAUAUCGAAAAAGAUCUGUGUAGCGUUACUGUCUGA